AUGGUGACCACGCAGAAUAUUUCCCGUCAACGACCUGGUUCCGCCUGCGAGGAAUGUCGUCGACGUAAGGUCCGAUGUGACCGUCGACGUCCACAAUGCCAAGUGUGCUUCGAGACUGGGAUCGACUGUAAGAUAAGCACCACGAGACUUCCAAGGGGGCCGCGGAAGGGCCAACUGCGGACAUUGCGAACACGAAUUGCUGCCCUUGAGCGUUGCCUGGCCGAUCAGCAUCCGGGGAUCAAUCAGCAAAUGGCGGGGUUGUUUGAUGGUUCUGGAGUUGAGUGCGACUCUGAAGAAGAUCCUCUCCGUGAAAGAGCUACACUUCCUGAACAAGUUCCCGAAAUAUGUUCCGAUGAUCAGCAAGGAGGUGGGUCGCCACGAUCCCCCGAUCCUCAGACGCGACCAUGUGGACUAGUCUCCGAUCUGAUGCGCGCAGAUCUAGACCAGUUAUACUUUGAUCGUGUGCAUCCCUCUGCUCCUAUCCUGCAGCGCUGGCGCUAUCAGGUAUGGGCGAAACAGCCCAGAAAGAGCGAAGCUCAAGUGUGCCUACAGUAUGCCAUGUGGACGGUGGCUGCUUCCUUGUCGGCCCACUUUCAAUCUCUCCGAGACACCCUCUAUCACGAAACGCGCCGAAUGUUGGAUGCAAUAGACUUGCGAAGCCCCAUUAGCGGGAUCCUAGCAGUGGAGCAAGCCCAGGCAUGGGUGUUAGUUGCUAUCUAUGAGUAUAUGCAGCUGUCGCCCCAGCAGGCAUGGAUGAGUGCCGGUAGAUGUUGUCGGCUGGUCUUGGGUAUGCGGCUAUAUGAGAUAGAUGAUCCUAAUAGCCCGGUAACAAUGGCUCGAGAGCAUGAACCGAACUUAGUGGAUUGGACCGGGCUGGAGGAGCAAAGGCGAACUUUUUGGAUGGCGUAUUCACUGGACCGGUUUAUCAGCUUCCACAACGCGCUGCCAUAUACCUUAAAUGAAGAGCUGAUCGCAACUCGACUGCCAACAUCGGAGGAAGACUUUCAAGCUGGCCAUCCUGCAGCAACUCAGUUUCUAUCGGAAGUGAUGGCGGGCUAUUCGAGCAGCGAUAGUUCUAACGUCCAAUCAUCCUUUAGUCAAUGCGUCAUCUUAGCCACCUUAUGUGGCCGAGCACUCUCACACAAACAAAAGUCGGCUAUGGAGCAGAUCAAUGGAGAACUGGGUGAUGGACUGUGGACUCGACAUCAAUGGUUGCACGAAAUGCUCACCUAUCGAAUCCAGGUGCUCUCCGUCUUAGCACAAGUGGACCCAAUGCUCAUUUUUGCGAGGCUCGUAGCGCAAACUUUGGUUCUUUUUCUACAUAGUGUACUGGAGGCGAUAACAUGGAAGACAGGCGAGCAUUUGCUAGGUAUGUUCGAGUACGAGCGCCUUUGCGUGAUGGCCGCGCACGAAGUUGUCAACCUAGUGAAGCUACAGGCCCAAUUAGGAUAUUUCAAGGAACUGCUUGAGUGCCUGCAGGAUUUGGACCACGUGAAGAAUCCGAGCCAGAGCCCUAGGAUAUCUGUUUAG